UCGGUCCAGGUGGGUCUAAGGCUGAUUGAUACGCCGUGCGCACGCCAGCGCGUUCCUCUGUGGCAAGAGAGGGGGCCUGCGUGUGACGGAGCGUGCGUGGGAGGACGCGCGUGUGUGUGCGCCCUGAUCACGGUGGUCUGUGGGUGGGGCGGAUCGUGCGCGCCCGCCCGAUCUGUGCCCCCCAAGCCAGCAGCCUUGCCUUACUGGUACCAGUACCUGCCUGCUGCUACCAUCCAGUCAACAUGUGGCAUCUUCCAGGCCACUGCGAUGAAUCAGGGAUGAGCAUCUGACUCUGGUUGGUUCAAUCAGCUUGUCCAGGGACUUUGGGAAGAUUGGAAAGGAGGCCAGCUUUUUGGGCUGGGAUUGCUAAGAGACGUGAUGAUGAAGUGUGUGGCCUACCUGGCAUCUGGCCCCAGCUUCAGCUCCGUUUACUGUCUUGCUCCCCACCCUCACUAGCCUGCAUUGAAGCCUCCUCUGUGCCCCCCAACCCCUGAGUUUCUCAUCCCCAGAGAACCCAGCAUACACAGAAUUGAAGGGUUUUCUUAUUCAUCUUCCUGUGCUCACCCUGAGGACUGGGCCUGUGUCAUCAGCUAAUCACUGUCCCCGCAAGCACUCACAGUGGAAAAUGGAGUGCUACGCAGCCCUGCAGCUUGCCAUCUGGAACAGUUCACAGGCAAGGCCUCCCACACUGAACCCUGCUACAGCCAAAUAGUGCCAGCAACACAGAGCCACUUGUUACAUCAGCUCAGACCAAGCCACAUCCACAGGAGCAGUUGGUGAUUCCACAGAACCACAAGAGACUUGACCUCCUGGAAACGAAUUAACCAAGAUUAAUGAAAAAGAUUAAGGUCAUGUGCCCUGUAAAAGUGUCCCUCACUGGAUGAACUGUGACAAGGUCUGAACUCGGACCAGCAGGAGCCUUUGGGGGACCACGGAUUGCCCUUUACACUCCCACAGAUUUCUCUUGUCCGUCACUCACUCACAGUCCAGUAAGGAUCCUGCUGUCUAUUCUGCGAGGACAUGUUGAAUGCAGGGACAGCCAUUUGGAAGACUGUCCUCGAGGGUGGCAGCAGCCUCUCAGGACGGGUAAAGCCAAGGUGACCACUAAGCCCGUCUGGGGUGGAGGGUGGCAGGCGGGGGUGGAGAGGAUUCGAGGCCGCCUGAAGGAACCUGUGCUCGGAGACACUCAUUGUGCGGGUCUGACACCUCCCAGCUCAUCCUGUCCCCAUCUUCCCCUUGCGUCACGUCCCCACCCAGCAGGAGGAGAUCCGAGGCUUUGCGCGACGCUGGCCCCGCGGAGUGUGGGGGGCUUUUCCUCUCAACCACCAGUGCCCCACAAGCGUGGGUGAACUGUCCUCCCUGGCUACUGUGAGACGCUGGGCAGGCCAUUUCGCUUCUCUGGGCCUCGGUUUUCCUGCUUGUCAAAUGGGGCUGAUACCGGCGUGGGCUUCUUCGGGCGGUCGCGAGGGUUGACCCCUGGAGUCAGCGAGCCAGCCGCUAACGCGCUCCCGGGCGGAGGUCGGGACUGGGGGGCGUCACCUCCCCUCCGCGCGCCCCCGGCCCCGCCUCCCGCCCGCGCACCCCCCCCCCGGCCCCGCCCCCGACCCACUUCCUCCUCCCGCGGGCUGCCCAGCCCUAGCGCCCCGCGCUCCGCGGGCAGCCCCCUGCCGCCGCGCCAUGUCCGCCGGCUGGUUCCGGCGCCGCUUCCUGCCUGGGGAGCCGCUCCCCGCGCCGCGGCCGCCCGGGCCGCGUGCCAGCCCCGUGCUCUACCGACGGCCCCGCUUCUUGCGCGGCUCCAGCUCCAGCCCCGGGGCGGCCGACGCCUCGCGCCGCCCAGACUCCCGGCCGGUGCGCAGUCCCGCGCGAGGACGCAAGCUGCCCUGGAAUGCAGGCUACGCCGAGAUUAUCAAUGCAGAGAAAUCUGAAUUCAAUGAGGAUCAAGCCGCCUGUGGGAAGCUGUGCAUCCGGAGAUGUGAAUUUGGGGCUGAAGAAGAGUGGCUGACCCUGUGCCCAGAGGAGUUCCUGACAGGCCAUUACUGGGCACUGUUCGAUGGGCACGGCGGUCCUGCAGCAGCCAUCUUGGCUGCCAACACCCUGCACUCCUGCUUGCGCCGGCAGCUGGAGGCCGUGGUAGAGGGCUUGGUGGCCACUCAGCCCCCUAUGCACCUCAAUGGCCGCUGCAUCUGCUCCAGUGACCCUCAGUUUGUGGAGGAAAAGGGCAUCAGGGCAGAAGACUUGGUGGUCGGGGCAUUGGAGAGUGCCUUUCAGGAAUGUGACGAGGUGAUCGGGCGGGAGCUGGAGGCCUCAGGCCAGGUGGGCGGCUGCACAGCCCUGGUGGCUGUGUCCCUGCAGGGAAAGCUGUAUGUGGCCAAUGCUGGGGAUAGCAGGGCCAUCUUGGUGCGAAGAGAUGAGAUACGGCCACUAAGCUUCGAGUUCACCCCAGAGACUGAGCGGCAGCGGAUCCAGCAGCUGGCCUUUGUCUACCCUGAGCUUCUGGCUGGUGAGUUCACCCGACUGGAGUUCCCUCGGCGGCUGAAGGGGGAUGACUUGGGACAGAAGGUUUUGUUCAGGGAUCACCACAUGAGUGGUUGGAGCUACAAACGUGUGGAGAAAUCGGAUCUCAAGUACCCACUGAUCCACGGACAGGGUAGGCAGGCUCGGCUACUAGGAACACUGGCUGUCUCCCGGGGCCUGGGAGACCAUCAGCUCAGAGUCCUAGACACAAACAUCCAGCUCAAGCCUUUCUUGCUCUCUGUCCCACAGGUGACUGUGCUGGAUGUGGGCCAGCUGGAGCUACAGGAGGAUGAUGUGGUUGUCAUGGCGACUGAUGGACUCUGGGAUGUCCUGUCCAACGAGCAGGUGGCAUGGCUGGUGCGGAGCUUCCUCCCUGGGAACCAAGAGGACCCAUACAGGUUCUUGAAGCUGGCCCAGAUGCUGAUACACAGCACACAGGGAAAGGAAGACAGUUCCACAGAGGAAGGGCAGGUGUCCUACGAUGACGUCUCUGUGUUCGUGAUUCCCUUGCACAGUCAGAGCCAAGAGAGCAGUGGCCACUGAGGAUUCAGACACUGUAUCUCAGAACUGCUCCAGUGCCCGGGUGUGGUCUGGGCAUCCCUCCAGUGUGACCAAGAGCAAAUCCUGCCUGCCCUAUCCCUAGCCACAGCCCAGUGCUCUCACUAUGCACCUCAACACACAUCCAUCUCACGAGGAACAUUUAUGCCAGCCAGUCAGAGCUGGAAGGGUAUGGAGAGCCCAGCCUACCAGGUCCUGCCUUUUGCGGUGAUAACCUCUGGCAGAGUGACUUCACAAGUUAACUAGGAAACCCAUGUGAGGCUCCUCAGACAGGAUCUUCAACAGCCCAAAGUAUCAUUCUCAGAUAGGGGCACCCAGGCUAAGGGUAUUAGCCAAAGAUGCCAGGAUGGGCAGCUAACCCAUGUUUAGAUCCAGGUCUCCAAUUCAUGGAUGUCAGGGCAUGCGUUCAACAACCCCCAAAGGCUAUGCAGGGUGGCUUUUAGAAACCUUUGGGCAGCCUCAUGUCUGCUAAAACAGCCAUCUUCAAGACAGCCCCUGAAAAGAGACCAACUCAGGUCCUGCCCUGCUGUUCUUUGCUGGAGAUGAGGAAUAGGCUCUGGGGCUAAAGUCUGGGGUAAAGCACAAGGGACUAGAGGAACUCUUGGAGUUGGCUGGGUGAGAGGGCUCUCCAUUUGAUACCUGUAGUAGCCUGCCUCCUAACUGGUUGCUUCUCCCUAGUUCCAGCCCUGCCCUGGUCUGACGCCCCAACACUGCCUUUGCUUUGUUGUUCCAUCACCUCCCUAUUAUUAAAUGUUUUCUACAGAAGA